GCCCCCUUUCCUUAGAAUUCAGAUCUCUCAGAAACUCACUCAGAGUGAGAGAGAAAGCUAGGGUUUCUGAAUCCGACUCAGAAGAAGAAAAUGGAAGCAUUUGGUGGUUACUUCGUCGAUGAAAAAGCCGUUCGAGUCGAAACCAUUUUCCUCGACUUCCUCCGAAGCUUUAGGGUUGGGAAUAAUGCGGCGGAGCCGUACUACGAGGCGGAGAUCGAGGCGAUGAGAGGGAGCGAGUCGAGCACGAUGUUCAUCGACUUCUCGCACGUGAUGCAGUUCAAUAAUCUUCUCCAGAAAGCCAUUUCCGACGAGUACUUGCGGUUCGAGCCGUAUUUGAAGAACGCUUGCAAGCGGUUUGUGAUGGAGCAGAGGCCGACUUUCAUCGCUGACGAUAACCCUAACAAGGAUAUCAACAUUGCCUUCUUCAACCUCCCAAUUACUAAGAGGUUGAGGGAAUUAGCUACAGCGGAAAUUGGAAAACUUGUAUCAGUGACUGGAGUGGUGACUCGCACAAGUGAGGUUCGACCAGAGCUUCUCCAAGGGACUUUUAAGUGCUUGGAAUGUGGGAGCAUCAUAAAAAAUGUUGAGCAGCAGUUUAAGUACACUGAGCCAACAAUAUGCGUGAAUGCAACCUGUGCAAAUAGAGCAAGGUGGGCGUUGCUUCGGCAAGAUAGCAAAUUUGCAGAUUGGCAGAGGGUAAGAAUGCAGGAGACUUCCAAAGAGAUACCUGCAGGUUCCCUUCCCAGAUCACUGGAUGUUAUUCUGCGCCACGAGAUUGUUGAACAGGCCAGGGCUGGUGACACGGUCAUCUUCACUGGCACUGUGGUUGUGAUACCAGACAUAAUGGCAUUGGCAUCCCCUGGAGAGAGAGCAGAAUGUCGUCGUGAAGCUGCUCAGCGCAACAAUUCCUCUGUUGGAAAUGAAGGUGUGAGGGGCCUUCGAUCAUUGGGAGUGAGAGACCUCUCCUAUCGCCUUGCCUUUAUUGCCAAUUCAGUUCAGAUUGCUGAUGGUAGAAGGAAUACUGACAUCAGGAAUAGAAAGAAGGAUGCUGAUGAAGAAGACAGCCAGAAGUUCACAGCAGAAGAACUAGAUGAUAUUCAAAGAAUGAGAAACACUCCCGAUUUUUUCCCUAAGCUUGUUGAUAGCAUAGCUCCAACUGUGUUUGGACACCAAGAUAUAAAGCGAGCAAUCCUUCUUAUGCUUCUAGGUGGCGUUCACAAAUUUACUCAUGAAGGCAUCAACCUAAGAGGUGACAUCAAUGUCUGUAUUGUUGGAGAUCCCAGUUGUGCUAAGUCUCAGUUCCUCAAGUACACUGCAGGCAUAGUUCCAAGAUCUGUUUACACAUCUGGAAAAUCCUCCUCCGCUGCUGGGUUGACUGCAACUGUGGCCAAAGAACCAGAAACUGGUGAAUUCUGUAUUGAGGCUGGUGCACUGAUGCUUGCUGACAAUGGCAUUUGUUGCAUUGAUGAAUUUGACAAAAUGGAUAUCAGAGAUCAGGUGGCAAUUCAUGAAGCCAUGGAGCAACAGACAAUAAGCAUCACAAAAGCAGGUAUACAAGCAACACUAAAUGCUCGGACAUCAAUUCUUGCUGCCGCCAACCCCGCCGGGGGGCGAUAUGACAAGUCUAAGCCACUUAAGUAUAAUGUGGCUCUUCCCCCUGCUAUUCUUUCAAGAUUUGAUCUGGUAUAUGUUAUGAUUGAUGAUCCAAACGAUCAAACUGACUACCACAUUGCCCACCACAUUGUGAGAGUACAUCAGAAGCGUGAAGAUGCACUCGUUCCUGCCUUCACAACUGCAGAGCUGAAACGUUAUAUUGCUUAUGCAAAAACUCUGAAACCCAAGCUAACCUCAGAAGCUAGGAAACUGUUGGUGGACUCUUAUGUUGCUCUCCGUAGAGGCGAUACAGCUCCAGGGAGCAGAGUUGCUUAUCGCAUGACAGUAAGGCAGCUGGAGGCACUGAUCAGAUUGUCAGAAGCCAUUGCUCGAAGUCAUUUGGAAACACAGAUACAUCCACGUCAUGUUAAUGUAGCGGUGAAAUUGCUAAAAAAAUCCAUAAUCAGUGUGGAGUCUGGCGAGAUUGAUCUGUCAGAGUUUCAAGAUGAAAUUCGUGAUGAUGGCAAUGUUGGUGGUGAUGGAAAUGACGGAACUGGUCCAGAUGAUGCUCAACCAAGCAACUCUACAGCUGAGCCAGCUUCUGGGGAUGUUGAAAGUGGAGCAGGGUCUUUAAACCAACAAGGGAAGAAACUUGUGAUCACGGAUGAAUAUUUUCAAAGGGUUACCCAAGCUCUAGUUAUGCGCCUUAGACAGCAUGAAGAAACUAUAACGCAAGAAGGGACUGGGCUGGCUGGAAUGAGACAGAGGGACUUGAUUCAAUGGUAUGUGGCUCAGCAGAAUGAGAAAAAUAACUACAGCUCCAUGGAGGAGGCAGCAACUGAAGUUUCCAAACUUAAAGCUAUUAUAGAGAGUUUGGUACGAAGGGAAGGCCAUUUGAUAGUGGUAUAUGAUGGUAGGCAAGCAGCAGAGGGUGAAGCUGCAGCGCAGCCCACAUCUGUAUCUAGAAAUGACAGAAUUUUAGCUGUUAAUCCAAAUUAUGUCAUCGAUUGAGGAGGCAAAGCUUUUAAGACUAUGAAACCACUUCAUCUAUGGUCUCGACACUUCGUAGUUUUCUUCAUGUAACUUAGCCAUGUGUUCUGCAGCAAGUUAGGCUCUACAAUUCUAUGGUGGAUCUGGUACAGAUGAAAGUUUGGUGCCAUCAACAGCCUAGUGCGUCUUAGACAGUUUACUAAUGAAAGGAAGUAUGGUUGCCUGACUGAUUAUUUUUCGAUGUUAUCUAAAGUACAGCUGGCUGCUGCUGCAAGAGCUGAAUUUUUCUAGUAAUUUGUUGUAACUUAUGUCAGUGGUGCAUCUCCUUGAAUCUUAAUCUAUUUCAUUGUGAGAUUGAGUUUCAAGCCGUUAAUUGUAACAUUUUUUUUUUGUUUGCUGAAGUGUUUAUUGUAGCAGUUUCUUCAA